GAGCUUUAGACUGAGAGAUUGAAAUGAUUAUGUACGCCUUGAAAAAGUAAUUAAAAAAAUACAUGAUGUGCAUGUGUGUUUUGUUUAGAGCAUGGAUUCACAGAAGGAUGUUCAGCCUCCAAAGCAGCAGCCAAUGAUUUACAUUUGUGGAGAAUGUCAUACAGAAAAUGAAAUAAAGGCAAGAGAUCCCAUCAGAUGCAGAGAAUGUGGCUACAGAAUAAUGUACAAGAAAAGGACAAAAAGAUUGGUGGUUUUUGAUGCCCGAUAAUGUCUGCUGAAGAUACAGUGAUGUCAUGAGGGCAGUUUAAUCUUUCUGAUAACUUUGCUUUGUAAAUUCAUUCAUGUACAAAUGCACACUGUUAUUUGUGUUUUAAGAGAUUGAAAUAUUAAAGUUUACUGUUAUACUAAA